AAAGUUGUGCAUGCACAUGUGCAACAAAAAAGGGGUGGGUGCUGAUGGCUCGACCUUUACCAUCAGUGAUGGAAUUAGAAGCAUGGUGAAUUGAACUUACACUGAAAACGUUUGCUGUGUGAUCAAUGGCAAAGGCUCAGGACUGUGUCAUAGUGUGUGUUGAUGUGGGGUACUCGAUGAGCUUUGCCCCACCCUCUGGUGGCAACACUUAUCUCGAGAUGGCCGUCAAAGUAGCCAAUCAGAUUAUCCAGCAGAAGAUGUUUGCUGGGAGUAAAGACCUUGUUGGACUUGUGCUAUUCGGAACUGCAGAGACUGACAAUGAGCUGGCCUCCCGUGAGGGCGGUUACGACAAUAUCUCUGUCCCCUACCUCCCCACGAACCCCUCCUUGGAUCUGCUCAAGUUCCUCAACCAGGUUCAAGCGGGGGCUGUCUCCGCAGACUUUAUUGAUGCUCUUGUUGUCGCUAUGGACAGUUUAGUCAACGCUACCAGGAGUCUCAAGAAAGUGGGGGAGAAGAAGAUCUACCUACUCACUGACGCGGGGUCAGAGUACAGUGAUGACGGGCUGGAGUCCAUUUGUGCUGGACUGGAGAAGGAAGGCAUUGAGCUUGUUGUUGUUGGGCCCUCUAUUAGUCCUGGUGGGGGCAAUACUGGAGAUAGUGGUUCCCCUGGCGAUGGUCCUGGCCCCUCCUACCGCCCACCCCCAUCAGUGACGAAGAAGACACCUCAACAGAUUGCCGGGGAGGGAGUGCUACAGAGAAUCGUUGAAACAGUCGAUGGACUCUGUUUCUCAUUUCAUGAGGAACUUCAAAUGGCAUCCCUCAUUAGAAAAGGAGCAAAGAGACAAACGGCACGGUUUUCAGGGAACUUGGAGAUAGGCAAGCAAUUUCAGAUAGCAUGCAAGAUAUACACAAAAACGAUGGAAGAGAAGCCCCCGUCCUGGAAGAAACUAUCUGCAGUGAGUCAAGCCUCAUCCAAACCCGAGAGCAUGGGGGUCAAGAUGCAUCGCUCCUACCAUCUCAACGAUGAGGACGAGACUGAGGUGGACAUGGACAAUGUCGCUAAAGGUUACUGGUAUGGGAAGAGUUUGAUCCCAGUAUCAGAUGCGGACGAGAAGGCAAUGGCGCUUCAAGCACCCAGAUGUCUGUCUCUCCUCGGGUUCUCCAAACGGAGCAGCAUCAAGAACCAUCAAACACUGGGCAAUGGAGUACAAGUAGUUGUGGCAAACCCUGAUGAUAAGGCUGGCUGUGUGUCACUGUCUGCAUUCAUCCAUGCCCUCUACGAGACAGACAUGGUGAUGGUGUGCCGCUAUGUGUGGAGGAACAACUCUCAGCCCAAGUUAGUGGUCCUCGCCCCUCACAUCAAACCAGACAAAGAGUAUUUGCUCAUGCGUCAAGUUCCAUUCACGGAGGAUGUGAGAUGCUUUGUGUUUCCCUCCCUCCCCGGAGAGAGGAAGAGCAACCAGCCAACAGAGGAGCAGCUGUCUGCAGUAGACGACCUCAUCACAAACAUGGACCUCAUGAAGGCUGAUGUUGAUGAAGAUGGUAGACCUUGUGAGGCCCUCAAGCCUAAAAACACUCCCAACCCACUCAUACAGCGCAUAUUCCAGUGUGUAGCUCAUCGAGCUCUCCACCCCACCGACCCACUGCCAGAGGUUGACCCAAGCAUUAAGAGACUAGUGACCCCCAGUCCAGCUAUACUAACACAGUGCAGUGGAGCACUCAACAGAAUUAAGGACGUAUUUCCACUGACCAAAGUGGAGGCUAAGGAAUCAGAGGCUUCAACUGCGUGGAAGAAAACUUCUGAUUUGGAUCUGGAUGCCGAGGCUCCGCCCGCUAAGAAGGCUCGUGUGGAGGAAGACACUGACUUCAGUAUGGCUUCUCUCGCCAGAGGAGAAGUGAAGCAGGUGGGUACAUUGGACCCUGUGGGUGACUUCACCACUCUCCUAAAGCAAGGCAGUCUUCUAUCAGCCGCGUGUAAGAUGUUGCAGGAGGUGGCUGUGAAGCUGGUGAAAGAGUCGUUUGGGGAUACCUACUAUGGCAAGGCUAUGGACUGUAUUCAAGCACUGAGAUCAGAGGCCAUUAAACAAUCUGAGCCGACAGUGUUCAACCCCUUCCUACGAGAGCUCAAGAGUGAUUUUGUAGGAACGAGGUAUGCAGCAUUCUGGAGUCAUGUGACGAGUGAAGGUGUGACUCUGGUGAGCAGUGUGGAGUGUGGAGUGAGCGAUGUGACCCCGGAGCAAGCCAAACAGUUUAUUGAGGAGGAGGCUAGUGUGACUGAGAGUUCCCCCGCCCCUCCUGAGGUCACUGAUGAUGCUGACGGUCUGCUGGCAAUGAUGUGAUGAGAGCAAGUCUGACCUCAUGUGAACAAUCUUUCCACUGAUCUCUUUGAUACCAGUCAAUUACUUACAUUGUAUGUUAAUCCUUCACGCAUUUCUCGAACAAUCUUGUGGUUUAAAACGAAACAUAGUGUUUACGUGCAUCUUAUUUCAAAACAA